AUAUUUUUUACAAAUAUUGAAAAAACAUUUACAUUUUAGUUGGAAGUAAUUUUUAAAAAAAUCUAGUUUGUAUGUUUAGUGGGCAUGAAUAAAUUGUUAUUAGUUUCUACAAUUCUUAACAAAGAUAAGAUAAACAAUCAGUAUAUCUUCGAAAAUUGUUGUUUUUUCUCACAAUAGUGCCUUAAAGUGUUAUAAAGUAACACCGUCUUCAUAAUGCUGCAAAAGGUAUCAAUACCUGGGUUUAAACUUACCAAAUCUUUCUGUAUGCUAAAUAAAGCACAUCAUGUAAGAUUUAUGAGUGCGGCUGUGAAUCAGGAACACAAUUUCUUCUUCAGACAGUUGUUUGACACAGUGAGUAGUACAUACACAUAUCUAUUAGGAGACAAAAGAACAAGAGAAGCGGUGUUGAUUGAUCCUGUACUGGAGCAUGCUGAGAGAGACGCUACAUUGAUUGAACAAUUGGGAUUCAAGUUGAUUUAUGCAAUGAACACACAUAUGCAUGCAGACCAUGUAACGGGUACUGGUAAACUGAAGUCCCUCCUUCCUGGUACGAGGAGUGUCAUCGGUAAAGCUUCCGGAGCUCAGGCAGACAUCCAUCUUGUAGAUGGAGAUUAUGUGAAGUUCGGUGAAUAUCAACUACAAGCAGCAGCUACUCCGGGACAUACUAAUGGUUGUUUCACCUAUGUCUUUAAUCAACAGUGUAUGGCGUUCACUGGAGAUACACUUUUAAUUCGUGGUUGUGGUCGUACAGACUUCCAAGAAGGUUCCUCAAAGCGUCUGUACGAGUCUGUACAUAACAAGAUAUUUACUCUGCCUGACCACUAUACCCUGUACCCUGCACACGACUACAGGGGACAGACCGCGACUACUGUGGCCGAAGAAAAGAAAUACAAUCCAAGACUCACUAAGACUUUACAAGAAUUUGUUGAAAUUAUGGACAAUUUGAAUCUACCAUAUCCUAAAAUGAUUGAUAAAGCUUUGCCUGCGAACAGAGUUUGUGGCUUACAUUGAAGAUUUUAAAUUAUGUUUUAUAU